GGGCGGUCUUGUGGGAGUCCGGUCACCGGCUAUGGAGGAGUAUGAGGAGCUGCGCGAGAUCGGCCGCGGCGCGUUCGGCGUGGUCCAUCUGGUGCGCCGGCGGGCCGACCGACGGCUCGUCAUACUCAAGAAGAUCCCUAUGCCAGAGGAGGACACCAAGCAGGCGAUGAAUGAGGUCCAGGUGCUGCGCCUGCUCAGCCACCCCAACAUCAUCGAGUACAUGGCCAACCAUCCACAGGAGAAGUCGCUGGUAAUCGUCAUGGAAUACGCGCCUGGCGGCACGCUCCGCGACUACCUGCUCAGCCGGCAGGACCAGCUGAUGGAGGAGGAGCAGGUGCUGCACUUCUUCAGUCAGAUGCUGAUGGCCGUGCAGCACAUCCACAGCCUCAGCAUCCUGCACCGCGACCUCAAGUCGGAGAACAUGCUGCUCGACCGCGAGCGUCAGGUAGUCAAGGUCGGCGACUUCGGCAUCUCCAAGAUUCUCAUGACGAAGACGCUGGCCACGACGGUGGUCGGCACGCCGUGCUACCUAUCGCCGGAGCUGUGCGAGGGCAAGCCGUACAACCGCAAGUCGGACGUGUGGGCGCUGGGCUGCCUGCUACACGAGAUGGCCGGCCUGCGGCGCACUUUCGAGGCGGCCACGCUGGCCGCGCUGGUGCUCAAAAUCCUGCGCGGCGGCUACCAGCCGCUGCCGGCGCAGGUGUCGGACGGUCUGCGGCGGCUGGUCACGUCCAUCCUCAGCCUUGACCAGGCCCGGCGGACCCACUGUCACGCAGGUCAUCGCGCACGCCGCCGUGGCGCCGCACUUCUGCCGGCUCUACACUGACCUGGGCAUGAUCCCCUGGCACGCCA